AUGUUUCGAUUGACCUUCGGCAUAUUGGUAUAUUUGUUGGUCUGCGUGGUCUACUCGGCCCCUGUGCUGGACACGCGCGGCGGGUUGAUAGGAGAAGACUCACAUUGGGUGAAUGUCUGGACAGCUAUGCCUCAGCUGGUUGAGCCUGCCAAUCUUCCUCCAUUUCCAUUUAACGGAUCGGAUUCGGUGUUUGAAAACACCACCAUUCGUCAAACCCUCCAGGUUUCACUCCCCGCGAGGCAGAUCCGGAUUCGUCUCUCCAAUGCAUUUGGUACCAAUGAACUCGCCAUCACUGGAGUGACGGUUAGUCAGCCAGCGAAAGGAGAGGUAGGCUUAAGCGAAUCACAGCCAGAGUCAAUGAGGACUGCUUUUUUCAAUGGGAAGCCAGGAACACUGAUCCCCAACGGGGCAUUGGCUGUCUCCGACCCUAUUGAUUUUGCCGUCGAGGCUCAAUCCCCUCUCAUGAUCAGCAUAUAUCUUGAAAAUGGACAAAGUGGCUUUUCAAUCACCGGGCAUCCCGGAAGUAGGACGACUUCAUAUCUGACACUUGGAAACUGGAUCAGCGCGCAGAAUACGACACACUCAUCUGUUCAAAGUAUAGACCACUGGUAUUUCAUCAGCGGGGUGGAAGGUUUGAUGCCUCCCGGGCAUAAGAGCGUUGCAAUUAUUGGCGACAGCAUCACUGAUGGCCGAGGGAGCACGACCAAUGCAAACAAUCGUUGGCCGGACUUACUACUCAGAAAGAUGCAAAAACACAACUUCACUUCAAACAUCUCGGUUUCGAAUCAAGCAGCCGGCGGGAACCGCAUCCUCCAGGAUGGCCUCGGGCCGAGUGUAUUGAGCCGUCUGGAUAGAGACGUGCUCUCGCAGUCUGGAGUACGAUUUGCGAUAAUCUUCGAAGGUGUGAACGAUAUCGGCCUCGCUAGUCCCGACGGUCCUUCUCAAUCACAGAUCGAGGAACGUCUUAUUGCAGCGUAUCAACAAGUUGCGACACGAGUCCAUGCUUUGGGAAUUCCAUUAUUCGGGGCAACUAUCACCCCAUUCGGCUCAUCGCCAACAUCGGAUUAUAUUCAGCCGUACUCGAGUGCUGCGCGCGAGAAAACCCGGCAACGGAUUAACGCAUUUAUCCGGGAAAGUCGUAUCUUUGACGCGGUCUUGGAUUUCGAUCGUGUUCUAGGAGACCCCCUGGCUCCAAGCCAAUUGUUAAAGGACUAUGACUCAGGCGACCAUCUUCAUCCGAAUGUGGCUGGUUAUCAGGCUUUGGCGGAUUACUUUCCUCUAGAAAUAUUGGCGGAGAAUUGA